GCGGGGAAUCGAACUGAUGACGUAUACAAUGACGCAACAGUGACGUCACUUCACGUGCAUAAUAACUCGAAAAAGUUGUGAGAGCUGUAAAUUGCUGCAUCAUGUGGAAGCUGCUUGUGGCGGCUUUGGUGACUGUUGCUGUCACAGACCUGUGUUCUGCUGUAGUCCUCAUCCCUAUGAGUGAUUAUGGCCAGAAGAUGGAGAACUCCCAGCUGGACAAAUGUCCUGCCUUUUCUGAUCUCAGGAGAACCACAUAUGGAUAUUCAACUGAAUGGCGUUUGUAUAAUAAAAUAGUCAAGCGUUCCUUCCUGUUGGCACUGAAAAGUGAAGCGGAUUCGUUUGCACAAAAGAAUGGAUGCUCGUUGCCAGUACAGAAAGGGCUUCUGAGACUGAACAGGGAAUUCUUCCGGUAUCACAUUCGUACAGUUUUACAGGCCCUCAAGUUCUAUAGGAGCAGAGUUGACAAUCCACCUAAGACAAGUGAAGAUACUCAACAUUACAUCGACGACAUGACCAAAAAAUGUGCCAAGGCUUUGAAUUUAGAAAGAGCUUACUCAUACGCCCUUUCACACAACAUGCCUAUCUGUACAGAUGGUUGUUGGCAUGAAGCUAAAGAGCUCCCAGAGUCAAUCCUUCUACCUGACAGGGAAUUAACUGGCAACGAGGAAGUGGAGUUUUUUGGAUAAACGUCAACUUCACAUGUCUUUGUUGCCAAUGUGUUCCUGGAAGAGCUGAAAUGUUUUGUUAUGUAAUCCCACAAAUAAAUGACUUUUUGCCCUU